AUGUCACCUGUCGACUAUAAAGCUUCUCAUAAUAAGUCUUCGAAACGAGCACAACGACAAACUACAAAACAUAGUUAUUACGAAGGAGAGUCGUCGGACAUUGACCAUACUCGAGACCCUGAUAUUAUAAUGCACGACGCUGUUUUAGACGGUUGUGACAUCCAAUUUGGAAUAGAAACAUUGAAACCUGACGAAGAUGAGUUUGUAAGAGGAAAUAAGAUAGAACAGACAUUAAAAAGUCGACAGAAUAUAUUAGCAAGGUUAAGUUAUUUAAAUUCGGAGUUUUUUAGGAGAAAGGAUGAGAUAUUUAAAGAAAAAUUAAAACAAAUUGAUGAAGAAAUCAAGGCAGUACGAGAAGGAACACAUCCCGAGUUUGAAGAACGUUUACAACAGAUUAUCGACAAACGUGAUCAAAAAUUAGAAAGACAUUCGCUAGCAUUUAUUAGUCGACAAAAUAGCAUACAAAAAGAAUAUGAAACGGAAACAUCACGCAUAGAAGAAUAUUAUCAAACACAACGUCAAGCCAUAAAUGAUAGAAUAAUAGCAGAAAUUGAAGAAAAAAAACGAAAAUUAGCAGAAGACUAUGAAAGUUAUGAUAUACAUAAUGAUACUGCUAUGGAGGGUACAUUGCGUAGUCAUUCACAACGAAGGUUACGUACUCGAACUACGCAUGAAGUUGAAAGUGAAGCCAAUGAAGAUUUAGCUGAAAUGGGUUUGAGCGGAUAUGCAAUCCGAAAAUCAACGGCAACUAAUAGCAAAAAGAAAUAA